CCAGAGGUAUUCUUUAUCAAAUACAAGACCGAAGAAGAGGCGCAUCAUGCACAACAACAAAUUCAAGCCGAGUAUGACAAAAUCGAAGGCACAUCCGAGCACACCAAUGGCGGCAUUGGCCAACAACAAUCGGUUGUUGGUAUACUGGAUGGUGGCGUUGGUGGCGUUGGUUCAGCCAGUGGCAGCCAUGGCGUUGGCGGUGGUAUUGCUGGUAGCAGUUAUGGCUCUGGAAGUGGUGCUGGCAUUGGUGACAUUAGUGGUAGUGGCUUCGUUGGUGCUUCCAGUACAAGCAUUGGUGUUAGCCAAAACGGUUCCGGUUCAAGUGGCGCUAAAUCAUCCACCUACUUGCCACCAUCCAAAGUAGUGUAAAAGGCCAAAAAUUUAGCGUUUUUUCAGAUUAUUUUGUUAUGACAAGUGGAUUGUAGAAAAAAAAAUGUAAACA